AUGGCUUCCAAGAAAGAUGGCGUCUCCCUUCAAGAUACACACAACGAGACGGAAACAAGUGUCCCUUCCAAUACCGAUGAUGCUGACGACAGCAUAAACAUCUCCGGGCAAGACAUGGCUAGUCUUCCAUCCUCAGAGUCGACGAAAAGAGACAUCGAGGCCCAAAACUCGGCUCUGACGACAACGUCGAGCACCACAAGCAAGAAGCCGUACACGGCCUUUUCCAACAAUGGAAAAUGGUUCAUUGUCACCAUGACCGCCAUGGCAUCCUUCUUCUCGCCUUUGUCCGGCCAGAUCUACUAUCCAGUUCUCCCCAUCCUGACAAAGACGUAUCAUCUCUCCUCAGGACUGAUCAACGUCUCCAUCACCACGUACAUGAUUUUCCAGGGCCUGGCGCCGAGCUUCAUGGGCACCUUCUCCGACGCCAGCGGUCGACGACUGGGCUAUAUUCUCGCCUUCACCAUCUACACGGCUGCAAACAUUGGUCUGGCGCUGCAGGACAGUUAUGCCGCCCUACUCGUCCUGCGGUGUCUGCAGAGCGCAGGGAGCAGUGGCACAAUUUCCUUCGGAUACGGAGUGAUUGCUGAUAUCGCCACUACUGGAGAGCGAGGGAAGUACUUCGGCCCUAUGGCGGCGGGCGUCUUGACGGCGCCAGCCCUCGGACCGACCAUUGGUGGUCUCCUGACGCAGUUUCUCGGAUGGAGAGCGGUCUUCUGGUUCCUUACAAUCAUCAGCGGCGGGUUCCUAGUGACGUACAUCAUCUUCAUGCCCGAAACGCAUCGCAAGAUCGUGGAUGACGGGAGCAUCGUGCCACAUCAAUGGUGGCGCCAGUCGGUCGUGCAGUAUUUAGCCGGUCGCCGCCGGCUGAAGAGAAUGAGUGCCCAAGAGAGGGACGACUAUGAACGCGCGCGCCAGGCUCUUGUGGAACAGCAACGCAACACGAGAAUCCGUUUCCCCAAUCCGCUCGAGUCCUUUGUCAUUCUCACCAACCCGGACGCAUUCUGUCUCAUCCUGUACACCGGGAUAAUGAUGUUCAGUAACCUAGUUCUGAUGACGAGCACGCCGACCGUGUUUCCCAGGCUGUACGGCCUCAACGAGCUCCAGGUGGGAUUGUGUUUCUUACCACUGGGCAUCGCCGCGGCAAUCGGCGCGUUCUGCAACGGCCGUCUUCUGGACUGGAACUACCAGCGCAUGGCCCGCAAGCUGGGCGUCACGGUGGAUCGGAAGCGCGGCGACGAUCUGCAUAAUUUCCCUAUCGAGCGCGCUCGCCUGCAGGCCGUCUUCCCCUUCCAGGUCUUACAGGUCGCGGCCCUGGUUCCCUACGGCUGGGCGCUGGAGAGACAUGCCUCGCUCGCGGUGCCGCUCGUCCUGCAAUUUGUACUGGGCUUCUGUCUGGUCGUUGCCUCCAACUCGAUCAGCACCCUCCUCUCGGACAUCUACCCGGGCAGCGUCUCGACCGCGUCCGCCGCCUCGAACCUCGUCCGCUGCAUGCUCGGCGCCGUUGGCGCCGCCGUCGUCGACAACAUGCUGACCGGUUUGGGGCUCGGCUGGUGUUUCGUCCUUGUCGGCCUGCUGAUGGCCGCAGCGACGGUGUUUCUAUACAUCGAAACCCAAUGUGGCAUGCGUUGGCGGCAGACUCGGUGGCGGAAACUGGAACAGAAGAAAGAAAAACAAGUCGAGAAAGAAAAGCGGAGGACUCUCCUCCCACUCCAACAAGAAGAAGCCUCCGCCGACCCCUCUGCGUAG